CGUGUCACUGUCAACAGUAGAUGAAGUUUAAGCGACGAUAAUGUGAACCGGUUUUUGUGGCGAAUUGGUAGCUUUUUCAAUUUUCUGAUAUAAAUUAUUGUUAAUAUUCUAGUGCUCAAUUUAAAACUAUUUUGAUCAUGCUUUUACCAACAUUAUUAUUUGUAUUAGUAAGCUUAAUAUCCCAAAGCAGUGCUACGCUGUUCGAAAGUGAUUCCUGUUAUUCUUUCGGAAGCGGCAAUGUUUUUCCUGGCGGCGCCAGAAGAAUUGACCAUAAACUGCAAUUCACUAAGGCAAUGAUCUCGAAACCAGCCCCGGAGUGGGAGGCUACAGCUGUCGUUAAUGGCGAGAUAACGCAACUUUCACUAUCAAGUUUUAAAGGAAAAUAUUUAGUCUUCUUCUUUUAUCCCUUAGACUUCACCUUUGUUUGUCCUACUGAAAUUUUGGCCUUCUCUGAAAGAAUUGAAGAGUUCAGAAAACUCAACACUGAAGUAGUAGCAUGUUCUGUAGACUCACACUUUACUCAUCUAGCCUGGAUUAACACUCCUCGGAAAGAGGGAGGUCUAGGAAAAAUUAAAAUACCAUUACUAAGUGAUCUCACACAUUCCAUUGCCAAAGACUAUGGGGUAUAUUUAGAAGAUUUGGGUCACACUUUGAGAGGUUUAUUCAUAAUUGAUGAUAAAGGAAUUCUUAGACAAAUUACAAUGAAUGAUCUGCCAGUUGGCAGAUCUGUGGAUGAAACGCUAAGGCUGGUUCAAGCAUUCCAGUACACUGACAAACAUGGCGAGGUUUGUCCGGCGGGAUGGAAACCAGGUCAAGAUACAAUUAUUCCCAAUCCUGAUGAAAAGAAAAAAUAUUUUGAAAAGUUGUCAGAUCUAUAGAAAUAAAAGUGAUUGAAAUAACACACAUAUUUCCCUUAUUUAAGCUAAAAGUCAAGUAUAUGAACAAAUUAUCAAAUUUUUGAUAAAUUAAUUAUUGAUAACAGUUCUGAUAUCUUAUCUGACAUGAUUAAUAUAUAUUAAUUUUGUAUAAUUUUUCUUAUAUUGCAAGUUUAUCUAAAAAAAUCCUUACUUAAUGUAAGCAUAAAAUGUUUAGAUGGUUUUGAAUUACACUCGGUGAUGUCUGUAUAUUUUUAUUCUUAUAUUUAAUACAUAUCUACAUGUUAAUACUCACUUACAUCCACAAUUUUAUUUAAUUUUAUAUAUUCAGUGAUGAGACUGAUGAGUAACAAUGCAUUUGUAUUUUUUAACAACAGAUAAAGUU